GUUGGAGCCUGGAGGCAUUAAUAAACCUAACCAAGGCUGAUAAGCCUCUUUCCAGGCCCAGGUAGUUGAGGUACACGGAGCUGUAGUGGGCUUGUCUCGUGCUUGGAGCCCAAUGAGCUCGAUCAAACCGGACAGUGUUUAUGGACUUGGGCCAUUACCAUUGGUUGUUAUUGGGCUAACCAAUAUUCUCCCUCCCGCCACGGCGGGAGAAAAAGGUGCGGCCACCGACACGUGUCAGACAGUCAAACUCUCCGUCUCCAAUACGUGCCGUUCUCUUCCAUCGGCCGGCGAUUCCUCUCUAUCUUCUGCUCAAAAGGAUUUGAAACAAUAAAAAAAAAAAACAGAGCAUCGAUUAGUGUAAUGGUUGACCGACUAAUCACAUUGCUUUUGCUUAUCACUAAUCAAGUUGUACUUAAUUAGUCUUUGACGGGGAAAGACUACUAAUUAAUCAUGUUGUUUAUCAUUAAUCAAGUACUUAAUUACUCUUUGACAGCGAAAGCUUACCCACUCGUCCCUGUCCAUAUAUAUAUAUAUAUAUAUCAAUAUCCUCAUGACAUAACACGACAAAAACCUCACCAAUCACCAUCUGCUCUGUCUGAUCCAAGAUCUCCAAGCCGCUGCUCCAUCCAUUUGGAAGGAGUCUCGAGGAAUUCUGAAUUAUUAUCGACUGUUGUUUGAAUUCGAAGUUCGAACCCAUCAAAAAACAAUGGCUCUAGCACCAUUACUGCAACAAUACGUCUCCAAGAUCCCCAUCAUCUCCGUCACAUUCAUCAUCAUCAUCACAAUCGCCGCCGCGUUGCUGAUACCUGUACUAAUCCGUUACAAAAACUCUGCUGCAACAAGCAGCAGCAGCAGAUCACGUCGUCGACCACCGCCGCCAGGGCCGUGGAAGCUGCCGGUGCUCGGCAACCUCCACCAGCUCGUCUCCGACCUGCCGCACCACCGCCUCCGCGACCUGGCCCAGAAGCACGGCCCGGACGUGAUGGCGCUCCAGCUCGGGGAGCUCUCCUACAUCGUGGUCUCGAGCCCAGAGGCCGCCAGGGAAGUGCUGAAAGCCCACGACCUCAACUUCGCGACGCGGCCCUGGCUGCUGGUGUCGGAGAUCGUGUUCUACGGCGCGCAGAACAUCGGCCUGGCGCCCUACGGCGAGCACUGGCGGCAGAUGCGCAAGAUCUGCGUCAUGGAGCUUCUGAGCUCCAAGAGGGUCGCCUCCUUCCGGCCGAUUAGGGAAUCGGAGGUCUCCAAGUUGGCCGCCGCCGUCUACGGCGGAGUUGGGGGAAGCGUUGACCUAGGCGGGCUCGUGGCGGCGGCGACGAGUGGGAUUACUUUCAGGGCGGCGUUUGGGAUGGCGAAGGAGACGAUGAGUAAAGAAGCGACUUUCGCUGGUCUGAUUGAGGAUAUUGUGGUUGCUACGGGAGGUUUGAGAGUGACGGAUGUUUACCCUUCUCUGAAAUUUCUGCCAUACUUGACUGGGUAUAGAUCGCAUCUCACCAAGAUGCAUCUUGCUACCGAUGCUGUGCUUCAAGAAAUCGUCGAUGAACACAAGGUUCGACGAGAACGAGGUGGAAGAAGCGGUGAAGGCGCUGCUGAUGAUCUGGUGGAUGUUCUGCUUAAUCUGCAGGAGGAUGAAAGUCAUGAGUUGGAGAUCCCCUUGACUACAGAGGCAAUCAAAGCAGUCAUUUUGGAUAUAUUCUUGGCUGGGAUUGAGACGAGCUCGACAACAGUGGAGUGGACCAUGUCGGAACUGAUGAGAAGUCCGGAUGUUAUGCGAAGAGUACAAGAAGAGGUGCGGCGAACGAUUGGUGGUGAGAAGAAUGUGGACGAAGAGUGUCUUCACGAUCUGACUUAUUUGGAUCUGGUUAUUCAGGAGAGUUUGAGAUUGCACCCUCCGCUUCCUCUCCUUCUUCCGAGAGUAGCUCGGGAGAGAGUUGAGAUCAUGGGAUACGAGAUUCCUGUCGGAACUAAAGUGAUCAUCAAUGCGUGGGCUAUCGGGCGAGACCCUCGUUGUUGGCAAGAGGCUGAUGAAUUUAUGCCCGAACGGUUCCUCGGUCGUGCGAGUGAUUCUAAGGGGAGUGAUUUUGAAUCCAUCCCUUUUGGUUCCGGAAGAAGGAUGUGUCCUGGAAUGUCGUCUGGAUUGGCUGUUGUGAAGCUUGUAUUGGCGAAGCUACUUUAUCAUUUUGACUGGCAGCUCCCUGCUGGAGUCACCCCACAAACUCUCGACAUGACUGAGCGUUUUGGCUCCGGGGUCAGAAGAAAGCAUAGCUUGCACUUGAUACCAAUAGCAUACGACAUUGCCAUGCUAUGAAAGGAUGAGAAGAUUGAGAGAUGCUUGCCCCAGAAAGAUGGGAGCUUCAUGUUCAUUCUCCUCGUUUCUCUGUCCUUUUUUCCAGUAUUGUUGUACCCACAAGAUUUCAGUAAGGCCUGGUUAUCUGUUAAGAUUGUACUUCAUCAAUGAAUCAACCUGUGACUU